GGUACUUCCCCUAUGAGAAAGCUGGGGCUGCAACAAGCUUUCCUGAACCGGUCCUUGAGGCAAAACCUCCCCCGCCGGGGCCGGGGCCGGCCGAGGAAGAGCUGAUGAUGAUGGACAUGGACCCCGUGCCCCACCACGACCUCAGCGAGUACGUCCCGAGGAUACGACUGCCUCAGGGGUACCCACGGAGGAUUUCACAUCAUCCUGUGUCUGAGGGGCGGGAGUGGCGGUUGCCCGAGCUAACCCCAGCCUGUGGACCGGGAAAAGGGUGCGGACCCGGCCGGCCCGGCGGUGCCUUGGUAGGAAGCAAACCGCCUGUAAAAAUUGAAGGUGUGACACUGCCAGGAGUGGCUGAAACAGUGGAUGUGGAGCAAGAUAAUCGGUUACCAAAACUGGAAGUACCAAAUGCGAUCCAACAGAAAGUCAUUCCAGGGUACACUGGAUUCAUCCCCCGCCUCACCUGGAUUAAUGGCGUGAACUACAUCCAGGGUGUGAAGGAAGCAAUGAACGAAUUUGACCGACAUCAGUUUCUGCAGAGAAACCCAGCUUGCAGCUUUGGCAAGAGAUUACCCCAAACAUACUGGCCUAACAACAGAAUUUACACCAGUGCUGGACUGCUACCUUCCUACACGGGCUUCGUACCAUACCUCCGACACACCUACGCGCUUACUUUUGCAAACGGCACUCGAAAAGCUUACCAAAAGGAACAAAAGAGACGAGCUUGUGCACUGUGA